AUGGCUGAGGAUUUGAGGAGAUUCCUCUACAAAAAGCUUCCAAGUGUGGAAGGACUUCAUGCUGUUGUGGUCUCAGACAGAGAUGGUGUCCCUGUUAUUAAAGUUGCGAAUGAAAACGCUCCAGAGUUUGCCUUGCGGCCUAGUUUCCUGUCUACGUUUGCACUGGCUACUGACCAGGGGAGCAAGCUGGGACUCUCCAAAAACAAGAGUAUCAUCUGUUAUUAUAACGCGUAUCAGGUAGUACAGUUUAACAGAUUGCCAUUGGUUGUCAGCUUCAUAGCCAGCAGCAAUGCCAACACAGGUUUGAUACUCAGCUUAGAGAAAGAGCUCGGGCCUUUGUUUGAAGAACUGCGGCAAGUUGUAGAAAACUCCUGAUCGAGCCGAUUUAUGAUUUUAUGGACUUUUCACAUGAUGGAGAGUUGCCGAUUCCAAAGCAGACCGAUAUUCUACAGCCUAAAUGAUCUGUGCUUCUCUACAGCUCAGGCUGGAGCUCUGAUUUGCUGUUGAAAUGAUGCACUUCCUGUAGCUUGUAAUAACAGUCUGUAUUCUAGAACUAUUAUCCAGAUGCACAACAAUAAGUGUAACACUGUGGAGGGAACUGUCCUAUUUUGGGGAAUAUUUUGUAUUAACUCAUAUUAUGACUUACCCAGCAAGAACCUGGCAAAUAAAUUGUAAA